GAGGGGCGCAGAGCUGCGCAGAGCAGAAGAAAAGAGAGGGAAACGAAAGCUUGGGGAAACAUGUUCAUGUUUACGUUGACGUUUGUUUUCGAAGAACCUGUGCAUGUCCGGCCGGCAUUUGGACCUGGAUCUCAACGUCAGCCUCGCAUGAUAGUACUCUCGUCUUGAAGUUAUCAGGAAACCUGGGAUCGGUAGCGUCAGCAACCACCCGUAGCUGUUGACUUACUGUAUCGUAAUAUGAGCAAUAGUCCAAAUAAUAAUAAUAAUCGCAAGAGGAAAGGAAAUGUCGCCAGCACUGCUGAUGCCAGUCCGACGAAGGAGAGGGUCAGCACCCGCCAUGCUUCGAAGUCAAGUCAAGAAAGCCCUGCUCGUCCCUCCCAAGACUCGAAGAAACGUAAGAAAAGAGAGAGUUCAGCCAGUUCUAGCAAUCCUACCAGGGCCAGCCCUCGCCGGUCGUCCAGGAACAUUGACAGUUGUACCACAGACAACAUGGCAGUAUCAAGGGAACGUUGCUACAAGACCCCACCAAAGACGAGGGUGUCUAGGAAGGUUGAAAGAGCUCCCGUGUUUGAGACGAGUAAAGGCCUCAAAGGCUACACUUCAGAUGGGAUGUCAUUCGAAUCUGUUCCUGAUGACGAUUUACCAGACAUAAAUAUAGCGUCACCCUAUAAAGGCAAACAAUAUUCGAAGGAUGACAUUGUGUGGGCCCCUUUAGUUACCAAGCAUUACAAUAUGCUGUGGCCAGCUGUUGUUACAUCGGUUAAGGGGCCCAAUGUAUGUUUUCUGUUUAUCGAUGCUUAUGAUAAACCUGUCCGUAGAACACAUGCUAAAAGACUGAUACCUUUUGAUAAUUCUUCUAAAAACUUGGAGUUGAAGGAACUAGGCGAUAAAACUCCAGGAUUCAAAGAAGCAUAUGAACUAGUUAUUAGGUAUUACUGUAAUAAAAAACAAAAUACAACAUUAGAUGCUCGACGCUUCCUCACACGUCCAUAUGACGAAAAUGAUAAAGUUGGGAUGGCCAAAAGCUUUCUCUUCAAACUUACUGGAAAAUGUGAUGGCCAAACAAAAAAUUCUGAGGAAAUUGAGGAUUUUGAGGAUAUGGAAAUUGUAGAUAACGAAGACAUAGAUGAUGAAAUGGAGGAAAAUGGUGAGGAGCCAAAAGUUGUAAGUCCCCAAUCUGAAAGAAUCAGAGAAAUAUUAGAAGAUUUAGAAACUUUACCAUCUCACAUGACUGUUUCAGCAGAGAAACAUGAGAAGAUGAGAACUGAAGCUGAAAAACUGUUACCUUUCUUACAAUCAAAAGAUUGUUUUGAAUAUCUAAAGAAAAUACGAGAGGGCACCCUCAAAAGUUCUCGCCACAUAAGGUAUAUGAAAGGGGAGAAAGUUCAGGGAGGGCUUGGACCAUUCACCCUAUUUACUGACCUAACUGAACAGUUCUUAUCAGCACUUGACAGCCAUUGUGAUGAUUAUGAUUCUUAUGAUUAUAAACACAAUGUGAUGCUACCAGAGGCUUUAUUAUAUGCAAUCUCAAAGUAUAAGGACUGUUCAAAAUUUGAUGCUAAAAAGUAUUAUAACAAAACCUGCCAAAAAGUUGGCAUCAGAGACUGAUUACAAUUCUACUUGAUUAUAGUUCACACCUAUAAUAUAUAUUUUUCAGCCAGAGAUUUGUUAUGCUUAAUAUGUCAAGUAUACUUAAGCACUGUAGUUAUUCCGUGAGCAUCGAUGCCUGUAAUCCUCCCUGAUAGUUGCCUGGCACUUAACAAAUGCCUUGCUGCUCAUUAUCUAGCAGAUCUAUCAAAAGACUGUUGUUCAGUUUAUCAUAUUUUAAACGUAGGUAUAAAAAUUAAAUAGAAAAGUAUGAA